AUGAACAUUGUGAGAAAACUCAAUUUGAUGACACCUUGGAGUAUAUUCUUGCUUCAUAUCCUGCUGUUUUCAUUACAAGGAUAUAUUUGUGCAUCAUCCAUCUUGAAGAGAGCAUCAAAAAACGGGUUUAAUGAAAAUCGACAGAAAAGAGCUCUUUUAGCAGCACAGUUUGAAGCAACUUCUCCAAGAUAUUUUUUCCAUGAAGCAAUUAAUUGGGGUGAAAGCAAAAUAAAAGGUUCUUGCCCUCAUGAAUGCCUUAACGGAGCUUUCUGUUCUAAGACUGGGACGUGCGACUGUCAAAUAUUUCAGGCGCUUGGGACAAGGUGCCAGAUUAUCCCAAAUAUGGGGAAUGGCAGAGAUGGGAUUUGCAGAACCUGGGGACAGUACCACUUUGAAACAUUUGACGGCAUCUACUAUUACUUCCCAGGAAACUGUUCAUACAUUUUGGCAAAGGACUGUGAUAAUUUGGAGCCUCAGUAUACAGUAUGGGUUCAUAAUAGCCCUAAAUGUCGCGGUUCAGUGUAUUCUUGUCAUCGGUCAAUCAGCUUGUUCUUUUCAACCCAGGAAGAAAUUCGAAUUUAUGGUCAUGAAAUCAAAAAGAACGGAAUGAGUGUAUCAUUGCCUCAGACAAUUGGACAGGUGUUCAUUGAGAAACUAGCUGACUACAUUCUGGUGAGAACAACCUUUGGCUUUUCUUUGGCUUGGGAUGGAAUAUCUGGAAUUUACCUCAAGCUGUCGGAGAUGCACAAAGGGAAAUCUUGUGGCCUGUGUGGAAACUACAAUGGCAUUCAGUCUGACGAUUUUGUAAUUCAGCAAGAGGACUACACAGAGGACAUUGCUAUGUUUGCAAGUAGUUGGAUGGUGCAAACUCCAGAUGCUGCCAAAUGUGUACCCAUACCCUCAGAUUUUCCCAGUCCAUGCUCAAGUGGAAUGCCAGCAUUUGAGGCCAUCUUCUUCAAGUGCCAGAUACUGUUGCAGUUCCCCUUUCUCAGCUGCCAUGAAUAUAUUGAUCCAUAUUUGUAUAUUGCCAGCUGUGUUAAUGAUCUUUGCAAGACGGGAGAUGAUGACACCUACUGCCGAGCGGCCACGGAGUACGCCAGGGCCUGCUCCCACGCUGGCUACCCGAUCCAAGACUGGAGAGACGACUUUCCCGCGUGCACUGAUAAAUGUGAUGACAGCCUUGUCCAUCGGGAUUGUAUCAGUUGCUGUCCACCCACCUGCACAUUCGAGAAGGAGUGUCUGGGGAGCAAUCUCCACUGUCUUGACGGAUGUUACUGUCCGGACGGCCUGAUAAUGGACAAUGGAACUUGCAUCUCCGUGGAAAAUUGCCCGUGUGUUUUUCAUGGAUUAGCUUAUUCAGUUGGCUCAAAAAUUGAACAAGAAUGUACCGAAUGUGUCUGUGUUGGUGGAAUUUGGAACUGUACGGAACACGACUGUCCAGUUCAAUGUUCUGUUGUGGGUGACUCCCAUUUUUCAACUUUUGAUGGUAGACAUUAUUCUUUCAUUGGCAUGUGCCAGUAUAUCCUUCUGAAAGGCACUGGAAAAGAUAGAUUCACAAUCACUUUACAGAAAGCUCCGUGUGAGCAGAAUCUUGGCUUGGUCUGUCUUCAUUCAGUAACUUUAAUUCUGGAGGAUGAUUUCAGCAAACAAGUAACCCUUAGCCGGGGAGGACAAAUCUGGACUAGUCCUAAUCAAGGCUUCAAUCUGAAUGGGAUUGUUGAAAUCCAAACUCUGUCAUCCUUAUUUAUUCUCCUAAAAACCACAUUUGGUUUAAAGAUCUUGUUUGCUGUCGAUGGGGAGAGAAUUUAUAUUCAGCUCACCAGUGCAUGGAAAAGAAGAACAUUAGGUCUGUGUGGCACUUUUAACGGGAACAUAAGAGAUGAUUUUCUGUCUCCAUCAGGCAUGAUAGAAGGUACGCCACAGCUCCAUGCAAAUGCCUGGAGGGUCUCCUCCACUUGUUUUGCACCUGUUCAUGUCCCCAUGGUGGACCCCUGUACCAUUAAUCAACAAAACAUUGGCUACGCAGCGCACUGCGACGUCAUCCACCAGCAGCUCUUUGCUCCUUGUCAUGUCUACAUUAGCCCGGGACUGUACUACCAGCUCUGCCGACACGAUGCCUGCAAGUGUGGCAGUGCCUGUCUGUGCAAUGCUCUUGCCCACUAUGCCUACCUCUGUGGCCAACGCGGCGUCUCCAUCGAUUUUAGAGCUCAGGUUUCCUUCUGUGCUGUGGUGUGUCAGAAAGGCAUGCUCUACCAUCACUGCUCCUCCUUCUGCCGUCGCUCCUGCACGACCCUCUCCUCUCUGGAGCAAUGCGAUGACGACUGUGCCGAAGGCUGUAACUGUCCCGAAGGCAAAUACUAUGAAGAAACACUGAGUUUUUGUGUGCCCAUCUUCCACUGUCGGUGCCACUACAGGGGCAGCGUGUAUCAGCCGGGAGAGCUCAUCCCAACCCCCUCAGGCUUAUGGUUAGUUCAUGCCUGCCCAGAAGGAAAAGAAUUCUUUGACUGUAGAUUUCCUGACCCCGAGUUACCAGCUGGUGGUAUAAAUUGUGAGACUACCUGUGCAAACCUGGCCAUGAACUUCACUUGCGCCCCAUCCUCCCCCUGUAUAAGUGGCUGUGUCUGUGCUCCAGGAAUGGCAGAGCAUAAAGGAAGGUGCUAUGUUCCCGACAGCUGCCCUUGUAUUUGGAAAGACUGGGAGUACCUCUCUGGAGAAGUGAUUACGACACCCUGUUAUACCUGUGUUUGCCGACGGGGAAUGUUCAACUGCACAUAUUACCCAUGCCCCGCAGUGUGUACAGUUUAUGGGGACCGGCAUUAUCAUUCCUUUGAUGGGUUGGAAUAUGACUAUGUCAGUGAUUGCCAGGUAUUUCUGCUAAAGAGUACAGAUGAUUUGGAUAUAUCUGUCAUUGCCCAGAACAAGAAGUGUUUUGACAAUGACAUUGUUUGUUCUAAAAGUGUUUUAAUUUCCGUUGGAGACACUGACAUUUAUCUGAAUGAUACUCCUUACAAGCAGAUGCGGUCAGGUUUUUUCCUGGAAGAUAACCCUAGGUAUCAACUCUGGAAGGCCGGCUACUACACAGUAGUGCACUUCCCGGAGGAAGAGGUCACCAUCCUUUGGGAUGGAAAGACAACCAUUCAUAUCAAAAUUGGACCCCAGUGGAAGAACAAACUGGCGGGAUUGUGUGGAAACUUUGACAAGUGUACUUCAAAUGAUAUGACCACCUCUAAUAACGUGGAAGUCAGACACGCCCAGGUAUUUGGAGAUAGCUGGGCGUUAGGCCAAUGUGAAACCCCAGCUGAAACCAUUAGACCCUGUGAAGCGCAACAGAACAAGUUCCCGUAUGCCAAGAGAGAAUGCUCCAUUUUGUACAGUGAUGUGUUUGCUCCGUGCCGCAAUGUGAUUGAUGUAACAUCUUUUGCCAAAAAUUGCCAUGAAGAUACAUGUAACUGUAAUCUUGGGGGGGACUGUGAAUGUCUAUGCACAAGCAUUGCCGCGUAUGCGCACAAAUGUUGUCAGGAAGGGAUACCCAUUCGAUGGAGAUCACCGACUACUUGUUCCCUUGAUUGUGAAUACUACAAUGAAGGAAUUGGAGAAGGACCAUAUAUGCUGGCAAGUUAUGGACAGAGUGGCCUUAUUCUGGGGGCAAAUAUGAGUAGCAGAAGCAUUUUCUCUUUUCCAAGAAAUGGCAUUCAUGACAAUUUGUUUUUUAAUUUUAUGAUCACUCCAGGCCUUGUCAAAGAAAAGGCAUCAUCAAUGGCAGUUGUGUCUUUGGAAUCUGCUGAAAGGCCAAACUACUUUCUCUAUGUUCAUAACAAUGACACUCUUAGUUUGAAGCUGUGGGAGGCGAAUUCAGCUUUUCAUCGGAGAGCCACAUUUUUCCAUCAUCGGGGCCUCUGGAUUCCUGGUUACAGCACAUUUGAAUUAUACAGCAAGAAAGGCUUUUUCAUCAUAUUCACAGCUUCUGGUGUCAAAGCAUCAAAAUAUGAUGAUUCUGAAGAAUUUAAACAUUCAAGUAGCUUCAGCAUAGAAGAAAUUCAGGCAGCAGUUCCUUACCGGAGGAUGUGUGAAUGGAGAUACGAACCUUGUGCCACUCCCUGUUUUAAAACGUGCAGUGACCCUGAUGCACUGGCAUGUAAAUUUCUUCCACCGGUUGAAGGAUGCUGGCCCUACUGUCCUAAGAAUAUGAUCCUUGAUGAGGUCACCCACAGAUGUGUUUAUCCAGGAGACUGCAUCCCUCCCACAGAACCAGCACUAACGACACCGACUGCUCUAGUGCCAGGUCCAUCAGACAUCACUCCAUUGGAUAUGGUAACAACAUCAGGUUUGGAUUGUGAGCCUCAACAAUUUGAUCCUGUUUAUAAUUGUAGCCAGUAUAUAUGCCUUGAUAUGGAAUGGAAAUUGUACAACUGGUCGCUUAAUUGCCCCAAGGACUUAGCAAUGCCUGAUUGUGGCUUCCGAGGAAGGCCUGUUCAAGUGAACAGUGAUAUCUGCUGUCCCGAGUGGGAGUGUCCUUGUCGUUGUUCCAUGUUAUCAGAACUGAGCAUUAUUACAUUUGAUGGAAACAAUGCAGCAUUAUAUAGUAUGGCUUCUUAUAUCUUAGUAAGGAUUCCUGGUGAAAUUAUAGUUGCUCAUAUUGGAAAAUGUUCUGUGAAUCAGAAUGAAAACUCAUUGAAAAAGGUAGCAUCUUCUGGAAGGAUCUCUGGACUGUGUUUUAGGAAGUUAAAUCUGACAACACCUAUACAUAAAAUACUGGUCAAUCGUUUAGAAAGAAAGAUAGAAGUGGAUUCUAUUGUGGUGCCUUUGCCAUUUGCCAGUAAUGAGCUGUUCAUAGAGGAUUCUGGUACCAUGUACGUGAUCACGACCCCAGCUGGACUCAUCGUGAAGUGGGCACAUCUUACAGGCGUCAUAGACAUUCAUUUUGGCUUCCAGUUUAAUUUAUCAUCACACACGGAAGGACUUUGUGGAAUCUGCAAUGAUGACCCAGACGAUGACCUAAGGAUGCAAAAUGGUACGAUUAUCACCAACAUGGAAGACAUCGAGUUAUUUAUUGAGAGCUGGGAAGUCGAGAAAUCAUUUAAAGCAACCACAAGAAGACCUGUUAGGAAUUGUACGGAGCAUGACUGUAGUCAUUGCAUUGAGCUGUUAAACAGAAAAGUUUUCACUCCAUGCCAUGAUAAAGUUUCCCCACAGCAUUUCUGUGAGAAGAUGUGGAUAAAUUAUACCUAUUUUUGGAACUAUGAAUGUGAUGCACUUUCUGCAUAUGUAGCUCUGUGCAACAAGUUUGACAUCUGUAUUCAAUGGCGAACUCCUGAGUACUGUGCUCUGAGUUGCCCAGAAGGGAAGGAAUAUCAGCCUUGUGUGAAACCAUGUGAAGCAAGAACAUGUCUAAACAAGUGGUUUUAUGAUCACUCCUCAUGCUUGAACUUAAGAGAAGACUGUGUGUGCAAAACUGGGACUGUUCUUCACAGGCCAGAGUCAUCUGAGUGCAUUCCAGAGGAAAAAUGUGUGUGUACUGAUAUUGAAGAUCACCCUCGUGCUGCUGGGGAAGUUUGGAAUGGAGGUAUUGACGAAUGCUCUCUGUACCAGUGUUUGGAGAAUGGAAGCAUUAUUCCUAUAGAGUCUGUGUGUGAUGAAGCGUCCUCACCGCUUUGUGAGCGAGAAGGUGAAGUUGUCCUGGGCGUCGUUGACAAAUGGACUUGCUGCGCAGGAGAAGUUUGUGGAUGUGAUAUGACUUUGUGUGACACUACCAUUCCAACAUGUACAAGUAGUCAACAACUGAUUGUUGGCUACAGCCCUCUUUCUUGCUGCCCACAGUACCAAUGUGAAUGUGACCUAGACAAAUGUCCUAUUAUUCCAAUACCAGAAUGUAGAGAAGACCAAUUCCUGCUUCAAGUUCAACAAGGAGAGCCUUGUUGUUUCUCCCCUCUCUGUGUUUGUGACCCUUGUACUGAACCUAUUCCAUUAUGUACUGAUGGGGAAUUUAUCACCGUGGAUCUUAAUACUACGCAAUUCUGUUGUCCUCAGUAUUACUGUGUUUGUGAACCAAAUCUUUGCCCUAUUCCUCUACUCAACUGUGCAGAAGAUAUGAGUCUAGUGAAAGAAAAUGUGUCUGGCCAAUGUUGUCCAAUAUGGCAUUGUGAAUGUAGCUGUGAAAAUCUUGUUAUACCAACUUGUAAAGUGGGAGAAUUUUCUACAAUUGACCACAACUUUCAGAGUGACUGUGGUUGUGUACAAUAUCUAUGUGAAAAGGACAAUGUAUGUGUAUUUCAAGAUGUUUCAGUACUGAAUCCUGGCCAAUCAAUAACAAAGUAUUUGGAAGGGGACUUUUGCUAUAUAGUAGAGUGUCUGGAAGAGAAAGAUAACUACACAGGCUACCAUGCUCUGAAUUUUACAAUGGUGAAUUGUUCAAAAGAAUGUGACAUUCACCAGUUAUACGUUCCAUCUCCGAGUGAUUAUGAUUGUUGUGGGACCUGCAAAAAUGUUUCCUGCAAAUUUUCUAUGGACAAUGGAACAUCAGUUAUAUAUGAGGAGGGGAGUACCUGGGACUAUAAUUGCACCACAUAUGAAUGUGUUAAGACUGAUGAAGGGGCAAUGAUUCUGAACUACAGUAUGGUCUGUCCUCCUUUCAAUGAGACUGAAUGCAAAGUGAAUGAAGGGGUUGUAAAGCUUUAUAAUAAAGGCUGUUGCAAGAUCUGCAAACGAGAUGAAAGGGUAUGCCAGAGAGCGAUUAUUAAAACAGUGAUCAGGAUUCAGGACUGCACCAGUCAAAGCUCUAUAAAUGUCGCUUCUUGUGAUGGAAAGUGUCCAUCAGCUACUAUAUAUAACAUCAACAUUGAGAGUCACCUACGAUUCUGCAAGUGCUGUCGAGAAAAUGGCGUUCGAAACCUAACCGUGCCACUCCAUUGCUCAGGAAAUGGCACUGAAGUCAUGUAUACGCUCCAAGAACCCAUGGACUGCACCUGCCAGUGGAAUUGA